AUGAAUCAGGGAGCAUCGCCACAGCUCCAUCCUUUCUACCAUACUUCCUUUCCAAAAAACCUGCUCGUUAGGUGCAUUUACCCUCUAAGAAGGAGGACAUGUCAAUUUGGGUAUCUUCUCUCCCAACAACGUUUGCCUGGAUGUUAUUUACUGUUUACGGGCCGAACAGUUCUAUCACUCACGAUUUUCAUAGGAUUUCUAUGCAUUACGUUAGGAUGUAUUCUUCAAAGUGCCAACUCGGAUGUGUUGUUCCGCAGGAUUGAAUAUGGAAACUGCUCAAAAUCUAAAUGUGAAGUAGAUUUCGAAUUGGACCAACCAUGGAAGGGAACGGUAUAUUUCUAUUAUCGACUUCGUCAUUUCUAUAAAACACAUCGUCGAAUUCAAAGAAAUGUUUGUCGUGAGCAGCUUAUUGGUCUACAUCCAAAAUAUUGCAAAUAUAGUAUGCACGUCAGUAGUUCUCUCUAUAGCACAAAAAUGGGGAAUAAGACAUUAUUUUAUGCACCAAUGGGAGCAAAUGCAGCAGGAAUGUUUGACGACAUUUUCACACUAAUAUACCUGAACACUGAAGAAAUAGUCCCCUUUACAACUGAAGGGAUUACCUCAAAAGAAGAGGAACUCUACUAUUCGUACUAUGCUGAACUCGCUCCGAAUCAAUCAUGGUGUGAUCAUGAAAUCGGAUACUGUAAAACCAAAGAAAUGGAAGAAACACAUAUCUUCAAGAAACUGCAUAGAACUCUUAGAAAUAUAGGAACAUUUCGUCAAGGAUUACCUGCUGGAUCGUAUCGUCUUAUAAUAGAAAAUAAUUAUGACAUCUCAUACCAUCCACUAGCCGGAAAAGCGUUCGAAAUUUUGCGACCUUCAUGGGGUGAUCUACGUUAUUGUCGGAGUAGCGAUGACGGCUACGCAUCUGAUGAGAUCCUCAUAGACCUCCACGAUAGAGCAGCAGUUUGUUUGCCCAUGUUUUGCUAUAGAUCCUACCUUGUGAAAUGUUUCCAGAACAAAGAACUUUGUUGA